CGUAUUUUUUACCAGAGCCAACCUUCCCCAUCGGCAAUCGUGAAAUUUCACAGUUGCGAAUACGCAAGGCACUCUAGAGCAGAUAGAGAUAGUGAGCCUCGUGUUCUAUACGACGAAGGCCAACCACACUUGUUGCACUUGCCAGCGUCAUAGAGACUUCCAGCUGGCUCCAUAGCACAGCCGUCUGUCUGCUACCAUCUCCAUUGUCGGCAUAGGCUCCAAGAACUUUUCUGGUGCUACAGCAGAUCUCGCUACCACAAAGGCCCAUUCUCGUCGUACGGUGUAGUGCAGCAGAGCUCGCAAAAACAAAAGUCCUUUUUUUAGCUCUCCCUAAUCCUCUCGCUACAAACCCGCGCAUGGCACUACGAAAGGGGAAAAGUGUAUAUAUACUGAGCCAUGCCCUACUUGAUAUCUGUGGCCAUUCGUGCCGUUUUUGCUCGAGACGAUCCUCCUUCCAACUCGACAACAUCUCCGUCUUCCACGCCAGAUCCGACCCCCAUACCGUCUGGACCUCAAUCAGCUCCAGAGUCGUCACUCAGCCCAGAAAUAGACUCGCAAUCGAUCCAGGACUCCGUCACUAGUUUUUCCCACUCCCCCUCGCUGACCCCCCUCGUACCACCUGCCGUCCUGUCUGCCACCGCCGUAUCCUCACCACAGCUUGACUCAAGUUCAGAGCCAUUCAGCUCAGCACCACUCUCUUCUUCUGACACCAUAUCUUCAUUCGCUUCCUCGAGUCUGCCCGACUCUUCUGUCUCCGUAGACCCUCUGUCCGACCCCGACUCUGCCAUGGAUCUCUUUUCUCCCACUAUCACCGAUCUUUUCAGCUCGCUGGAGACUCCAUCGGAUCUGAUCUCCUCAACAGAAACUUCCUCAGAACUGAGUUCUAGCGAGGAAACAUCCUCCACCGAGACAUCGUCCUCAGAGACUUCCUCAAGCAUCGAACCAUCCUCGUCAUCAUCAUCUUCUGAAACUUCAUCUAGCGAGUCUUCUUCAUCUGAAGUCUCAUCUACCGAAAGUUCUUCAUCUGAAGUCUCAUCUACUGAGAGUUCUUCUUCCGAAACUUCCUCCACUGAAUCGUCAUCUACAGAAAUAAGCUCAUCCUCAGAGUCAAGCUCGACUCAGGAAUCUUCUACAGAAGUUUCAUCUUCAUCGUUGUCGUCAAGCUCGGAACCUUUGUCUCUGUCCGAGUCCUCCUCAGCUUCAUCUUCCAGUGAAUCUGAGUCUUCAAGCUCUUCAAUCCUGUCUACAGAAAUUUCAUCUUCUUUCUCCUCAGAGACUUCCUCAGAAUUUGCAUCUUCCUCAUCAGCUAGUCCAUCCUUCACAAGUGAGAUUUCUACUGAAACGGAAACCACCUCAUCUUCAAUCCCAUCCUCAUCAUCGACUUCAUCUUCGUCAUCUUCGUCUUCGUCGUCAUCUUCUUCAACUUCCACAAGUCCUAUAACAACCGAGAAGCCAAAAACUACUUCCCUCUCAUUAUCCUCAUUCACUUCUGUCAUCACACACCCUGAUACCACUAUCACUACCGUCAUCACUGUUCCCACGUCUGCCAGUGCGGUAGACGAUGGAAACGACAAUAGUGACAGAAACUCCAAGUUGAUUGGUGGACUUGUAGGCUCCAUUGGUGGAACCAUCGUUAUCGGAGCACUCGUAGUCUUGUUCCUCUUCCUCAAGAAGAGAAAGCGUAGCAACUUGACCAACCAGUCACCUGACUUCAAUGACGGCCAUCCAGGUAAUCCUCAUGACCAAGAUGAGGACGAUCUCUUGGAUAGGUCACAUGACGACGACGGAAUGAAGUAUAACAAGUUUGGCUUUGCAAAGUUGUUUGGCUCCAAGUCGGGCUCUAAGGCUGCUAGCAAUAACAAUUUGCUUGGUUUGGGCUCAGGCUUAACGGGUUAUAAAGGCAUUCUGGAUUUGGAAAGACAGAGCGAUUUUGGCACCAAUGGUUCAGGAGGCUACGGUGCCGCUAUCGGUGCCGGAGCUGUGGCUGGCUCUGCUUCUGUAGACACCAACGACGAUUUCGUCUAUAGAGGUGUUACCAACUCCAACAAUCUCGACUCUGUAUUCCGUAGUAGUGAAACCAGUAGAGGCACUUCUAGCUUUAUGGGCAAGAGUGCUACUGGAAGUACAACUAACUCGUCUACUUUUGGUGGCAGAACUCGUUUGAACUCGUUUGCACAUCCUUUGGCUUCUCCAGAACAGUUCAAUUUCAACGAACACCAUGAGUACACUGGUCUAGCUUACGGCGAACAUGGAAGCGACGAUUAUCUGCCCGCAAAAGAUCAGGGAAGUUCUGACUACGACAACGACACAGACUCUGAGUUCAACCCGUCUGACUACGACGACGGAGGGCUACCGGGUGCUGGCACCAUAAUCGAACCGGAUCGUGGCCAGAUAUUCGGCAAUCAGGAUCAUGGAAGCAAUAACUCCCAAUCUCGAUUCGCUGAAGAUAUCACAUAACUUACAACUUAAAACUAAUGUCUUAAAUUAUAACUUAUACAUUAGAUAUGACAAUAUCAUUUAAGUUAUACAGUGUAAGAUUACUAUGAUAUCAAAGCUUGCCUUUGGUACCACCACUAUGCAUCAUUGUCUUUCUUCUUAUUUAGGCCUGGUGGCCUAGAGAUAGUUAUGAGUGGAGCACCUAAUAAAGCCCGUAACAGCUCACCACUUCUAGGCAUGCUCCAUUGAACUGACGUUAUUUAUCUUUGGGAUUGCAACAAAUAUUUAUUGGAAUUUUUUUGUUCGCGAAAUACAAAUUUUUUUGCAC